AUGACACGUCUGAAACUGACACUGUUAUUUUCAGUUUUGCUUUUUAUUUUACUCUCCUUUACACACCAACAAGAAACCUAUAACUUUGAUGAAAAUAAUAGAAUAUUUCUGUACUAUCCAUCAUCCGAUUCAUCAACUACUCGUUUCAUCAACUUGAAAAAUACCUAUCCGAUUGGUAGUAAGUGUGGUUGUAGCACUGUUACAGGCACUUCGGAUAGAUUGGAUGUUUCGGGUUGUGUUUUUGAUAGUGAAAAUUCUUUAACUGUUGUGAUUGGAGGUACUGGUUUUUGUAAUUUAACAAUUGUUAAUGGGAGUGAAACAAUUUCGAGUGAAAUUGAUUCAUUUGUUGUAAUUUCUGACUUGUACAUUUCACCUAAUGGAAGAGAACUCAGAACAGAUAUUGCUCAACAAUUUGAAUUGAAAUAUUAUCCAUCAAGUAUUUCAUUUUCAACAUUUUCAAUGUUUUUUGACAAAAUGUCAAAUAGUAUCAGAUCUUCAAUUGCACCAAUUUAUUCAUUUUCCAUAACAAAAAGUGCAAAUUCUUAUCACUUUACAAUUCCUGCUUCAGAUACACAAAGUAUGCUUCAAUUGACUUCUUAUGAUUCUUUAAAUAGAUACAAAAAAAUUGAUUUUGAAGUUGUUUUGGAUUCAAACUCUGCAAGUCCAACUACAGUUCCUGUAACUGAUGGUAUUUUAUUUUACAAUUCAAUUUCAGGUGCCAAUAUUAAGGUUUCACCAACACUAAUCCGUUUUAAUGAAGUUACAACACUGACCUUUUCAAUAGACUCUACAUCAUCUGGCUACUUAUUCUCUCCUACCAAUUCAUUGACUGUGAAAAUUUGUGGAACAAUUUUCCAAAGUUCUGAAUUAUUUAAAGACAGUUCUAGCUCUCAAGUUACAAUUGUUUCUGAAACUUUGGUUAAGGCAACAAUUACAUGCUCAGAUAGUGCCUAUAAGAAUGGAAAAACCAGUGUUGGAUAUUCACAAGGAGGAGCUGAUUCACAAUUUGUCAAUAUGGACCUGAAUAUUUAUGAUUUCAAUGUACCACCAACUAUUAAUUAUGAUGGUACUAGUUUCUGCUCAAUUUUUGGACUCAAUAAUUUCACACUCACCAUUCCACAAGAAACCAAUUUCUACAGAGAGGUCACUAAUAAUAGUGUUAGAUUGAGUUUAUUCGAGUUGGAGGUUAAAAAUUCUCCCUACUCAUUGGCAUGUAAUUGGUUGGCAAGUGAUGCUAGAAUAUUAUCAUGUCCUUGUCCUUCAACUUUUGAGUACUUGUUUACACCUCCUCAGGAAUUAAAUUUUUAUUUGAGAACUCCAACUAUGGCAGCAAGUCUUCAAGAGCAGAAAUCACUUGGUUCAGGCUCCAUUGUUGGUAAUCCAAAGAUUCUCUAUGGGCAGUACUUGACAGCACAAAUUAAUUCACCUACUGCCAUGUACUCCUUCAAGUUUAAAGAUGGUCCUGUCUAUUCCAAUCUGAAAAUCAAUGUUGUAGAUAUUGAGGAAAUUUAUGUACCUUCCCUCUUCAAUUAUACCUUCUACUUGUCGACCUCAAAUAUAUUGAAUAAUGCUUUUAUCAUCUCUUGUUCCUAUUCAUACAUUUCUCAAGCUGGAAAGAAUGGAAUUUCUUGUGAUAUGCAAAGUUUUUACCAGGUGCCUAAAAUGAAUGUUUUGUGUGCAUGUACUUUGGCUCAAGCUGAUACAAUUGCACCUCUUGAUUGCUUAGCUAAUUGUGACAUUCGUGUAGGUAUUGCAAUUACCAAAGAUGAGACUUCUCAGCCAAUUGCUUAUUGGACUAGUAAUAGUUUCUCACUCAUGCCACCACUAGUUGUCAAGACAAUUUAUCCAGAUACUAUUCUUUUGGAUAGUAUGAAUCAAGUGGCAAUUUCCAUAUUUACCUCUUCCAAUAGUUUUGGAAAACCAACUCCAGGCAAUACAAUUUAUUACAAAUGGAUAGAAAUUGAUCCUGCUACUGGACAAGAAUUAAUUGAUCAAUAUGAGGGAACAGCCACCUAUGUCAAUGCAAAACAAUUAGCUCUCUCAACUGUUUCUGCUAAUACCAUUUCAGCUUCUGGUACAUAUAUUUUGAAAUUGUCAUUUGAUGGUAAAUUGGGAACAUUUAGUACAGAUCAUGGAGUGAGAAGAUUGAAUGUUAUUAUUCCAAGUGAAAUUUCAUUAACAAAGUUUGAACAGUACAAUCUAGGUGUCAAUAAUACAGCAAUUCCAGCAGGAUAUUCAGAUGAUACAAUCUCACCUGUUGAAUCCAAAUUCAGAAUUAUUGGUACAAACUUCCCAAUGUCAGAAACUAUCAAGAUCAAAUUUACUGUAGUAGAUCAACAAAACUCAAUUAAUACCAGAUCAAUUUUAGCCAAAAUGUCAAGAAAGAACUAUAGACAACAUAUCAGAAGUGCCUCUACUAAAAUUCAAAAGAGAUCAAUUCAAGAACAAUUGGCUCUUCAAGAAAGUACUGGUUCCAUUUCAUUCCUUUCUGAUUGUUCUGGAUUUAGUUCAACAGAAAUCAGAUGUACCUCUCCAAAUGUUUUCACUUCUGGUAUCUUGUUACCACUCAAAUUCAAUGUCAGUAUUUCAUUUGAUGGUUCAUUUGGAUUUGGUGUUUAUAAUCCAAAGAAAGAUGGUAAUGAUUAUUUGAUUACAGUCAGAGAAUCUGAAGUACCUGUUAUUGUUCAAGCCAUUCCAAGUAGAGCACCAAUUAAUCCAACAGAUGAUUCUAAAGGUGUUGGAUAUUUCACUGUUACUCUCAAAGGUAUUACCACUGAUGUUGUGAGAUGUGUGCUUGAGUAUUCAAUUGAUACCAACAUUCGUGUAAAUUAUACUGCUACUUCUGGACUAUCUAGUACAGAAUUCAGAUGUAUAUGUAAUGCAGCUGAUUUAAAAUCACUUAUUGAUAGUUACAAUGUUAGACCAUUCAAUUCCAGAAUCUCAUUCCCAGACAAGACCAAUUUCAAAAUCUACUUGGAAACAACAACUAAUUUGAGAAGUGAUGGAUUUUUAUUUGAAUUAUUUGAAAAUCCAAUUGUUGAUUCUGUCAGUCCAUUAGAAAUUGAAGCCAAAGGUGGUGAUAUGGUAACUGUAAGAGCAAAGUCAACCGGAGCCAAGUUCAGUUCAAGUGAAAAGAUUUAUUUCAAAUUGGGAGAUUUUACAUCCUCUGAGGAAUGUUUAUUUUUGGAAGAUUAUGCAAUUAAUUGCACAAGUCCUUCACAUCCUGAUGGAUAUGCCAAGGUUUCAGUGUCAUACAAUAAUUAUCAAUAUGCCUAUGCUAAAGAUCCAAUCUUUAUUAAAGCUUGUCCAGUUGGUUUCACUGCUGAGGAUUAUGAAAAAUCGUGCACUGAAUGUCCAAUUGGCCAAUAUAAACCAUUAGAAGGUUUCUUUAGUUGUAUUCCUUGUGAAGUUGGAAGUUAUAACAAUUUGACAGCUCAAUCCAAAUGUGUUUCAUGUGGUGCUUUCAAAACCACCCUCUCUGCAGGAUCAAGCUCUCAAUUCAAUUGUGACUGUGAAAAGGGCUAUUACAGAAGAAAUGAUAGUGAUAUUCUAACUGCUGAAUGUUGGCCAUGCCCAACUGGAGCAACAUGUGAAGGUGGCUCCUCUCUUCCAAAACCAUUACCUGGCUAUUGGUGGGAUGCAGAGACAACCAAAAUUCAGAAUGGAAAAAUUGUCAUUGUAAAAUGUGAUGAACCAAAUGCAGAAUUGAGAUGUCCUGGUAAUUUAACUUUGGCAGGUAGAUGUGCUACAGGUUAUUCUGGUAUCAAAUGCGUUUCAUGUGUUACUGGAUUGUAUUUUAAGAGUGGUGACAUUUGUAAGGAGUGUAAUACUGAUGUUCAAUUGCGUUUCUUGAUUGUUGUUGCAGUUGUAAUUAUUAUUGCUUUGGUUUUGUUCAAGUUUGCUCAAUUGAAGGUUUCUCACUUGUCUAGUGCUAGUAUUGCUAUCAGCUAUUUCCAAAUUAUUGCCGUUUUUACAGUGUAUAAUUUUGAAUGGCCUGACAGUUUACAACAGGCAUUUGACACUUUGAAAUUUUUCAAUCUUAAUCUUGAUAUUUUCGUUCCAGAAUGUAUUGAGAUUAUUACAUAUGGACUCAAGUGGGGUCUUACCAUUGCCAUGCCUGUAUUCAUCUCAGUGUUACUGAUUAUUGUAUUUGGUUUGGAAUGCUUAAGAACUGUUACUCUUUCCAAAUUGCCGUUCAUAGCUGCCAUAAGAAAACAUCCAAAGGUUGUCGAAUGGUUCAACAUUGAACAUAAGAAUAUUUUCAUUAAAAUUAUGAAGGGAAUUAGAAGAGACAUUUUGAGAUACUUCCUUACUCCAAGAUCCAAGAGAGAAAUUAUUGCCUAUGGUGACAAAUUUAUUCACACUUUCAUUGUGGUGAUUAGUUUUAGUUAUGUCUUUGUUAUUACAAAGGCAGCUGAAAUAUUUGAUUGUAGAGAGGUUUUGGAUCAGGGUGUCAAGAGAUUUUAUGUGAGUGCUGACACCACUCUUUAUUGUUUUGAGAAUACUUGGUGGGUCUACUUUUCAUUUGCCUUAUUGACAUUCAUCUUCUUUGGAUUGGGAACUAUUGCCCUAUUUGCUUACAUUAUUUGGAAGAAGAACGAUGCUACCAAGAGUUACAAAUUUUAUGCAAGAUUCCGUUUCUUGUUCGUUCGUUUCAGAAAUGGAAGAUUGUUCUGGGAAAUUAUUGUAAUUUUGAGAAAGUUAGCCAUCUCUGCAGCCAUCAUCUUCUUCUCCACAUGGCCAAUUAUUGUCAUUCUCUUCACCAUGUUUGUGAUUUUCAUUUCAUUCAUUUUGCAAACCCAUCACGUUCCAUACAGAAGAGUAUUCCACAAUGUUAUGGAGUAUAUUGUCCUCUUGUCAACUGAGUUUUUACUCUUCUCUGGAUUGCUCUUCUAUGUCAAUGAGUUCCCAGACGAAGCAACAGGCUCAGCACUUGGUUAUUUGUGUAUUAUAUCUGUUAUAAUCAGUUCUGCAGCUAUUAUUUUACUUAUUGCUCUCGACUUUUUAUCUCAAUAUUUGGCAGAUAGAAGAAUCAAGAAGCAACUCGCUGAAAAGCAAAAGAAUCAAAAGGCCAUAUUGUCUGCUGGUGUCAAUAAUUCAUUCCUCUCCUCCAAUGAUAUUGAACUCAAAGAAGAAAACUCCAAAUCUCAAACUACUCAAGUAGAGCUCACCGAAAAGUCGGCCACAACUAUAGUUGACAUUCCAUCUGAAACACCAGUUCCACAAACAACCACAAAAGCUCCACUCAAAAUCAGACUCAAGAAAGGAAUGGUUAAAUUAUGGGAACGUUUCGUUAAAUAUUUGAAGAAGAUUGAAGGAGAAUCUUUGGAUGUUGACUUGGACGAAUAUGAUGAUAAUAGAUUAUGGGAUGUGGAAUUAAUGGAUCGUGGUUUACCAAUUCCAGUCGAGCCAACCUUUGUUGAUUCAAAUGGAAAUCUCAGUAAGAAGGAAGAAGACUCCAAUUCUUCAAGCUCCAAGCAGAAGAGUGAUAAGGCAGUAGUUUUCGUCGAUGAAAAUGAAAUUAAAUUGGAAUCUGAUGUCUCUUCAUCAAGUCAAUCACUACCAACCAGAGCAGUCGAUCCAAGAACCUUUAGUAGACUAGUUGGUCGUUCAGAAUCUGAUAUUUCCCUCCAAAGUGGUAGCAGUCAACAAAAUCUAUUACAAUAAUAUAACGCCCUAUUACUCAGUCAACCCAUCACCAAUCAUCACAAUUAUAAUACGACAAGAAAAUUGCAUGGGUAGUGCAACAAGCAAAUGUAAUCCACCUCCACCAUCAGCCUAUGACUACACAUGGGUAUCACUCAUCUGUGCCAUUUCAAUCGUGCACCUCUCUCAGCAUGUUCUUCUUUUGCUUCAAUUUAAUGUGAUGAAAGCAUUUUCAAAAUGCACCACCAAAAUAAAACUUUAAAAAAAACUUUUCAAA